AUGUCUCCUUCCUUGAAAACGGUGCUUCUUGAGAGCUUCCCUAAUUGUAGCGGCGCUGAGAAAAAGUUAAUAUAUGAUAGUUUUGCCCAGUAUCUGGUGGCGGAGAAGGGUUAUGACAAAGACUUGCUGACUCUAGCUCCAGACAGCUUAGACUUCUGUUGUAAAGGCUUGGUGUUGGACAUUGAAGAAGGAAACUUCCUGAAACUUGCAGAAGAUGGAACAGUUUUAAGGGCAAGCCAUGGUACAAAGAGCAUGACGUCCGAAGAGGUCCUGGAGACAUAUGGAAGGAGGGAGUGGAAACAUUUUAAUACAGUCAGUGGAAUGGUUUCCCGCUCAGCUAAAUACUAUUUGUAUGAUAAUUAUUUUGACCUGCCAGGAGCUCUCUUGUGUGCAAGGGCUGUGGACAGCUUAAAUCAGCAUGACGGUCAGAAAAAAUAUGACUUCUGGAAGGACAUGGUGGCUGCUAUCCAGCACAAUUAUAAAAUAUCAGCUUUUAAAGAAGACUGUGGGGUGUAUUUCCCAGAAGUGAAAAAUCAUCCAGACAAAUAUUUACAAAGAUGUCCCGAGUCUGUAAAAAAGUGGCUGAAACAACUGAAGAGUGCUGGGAAGAUUCUGCUAUUAAUUACUAGUUCUCACAGUGACUAUUGCAGGCUUUUGUGUGAAUAUAUUCUUGGGAAUGAUUUUGAAGAGUAUUUUGACAUUGUGAUUACAAAUGCUUUGAAACCUGGCUUCUUCUCCCAUACCCCAAACCAAAGACCUUUUCGAACUCUUGAGAAUGACGAGGAGCAGGAGGUUCUGCUAUCACUGGACAAGCCCGGCUGGUAUUCCCAAGGUAAUGCUAUCCAGCUUUAUGAACUACUGAAGAAGAUGACUGGCAAGUUGGAUCCCAAGGUUGUUUAUUUUGGUGACAGUAUGCACUCAGAUAUUUUCCCAGCUCAUCACUAUAGCAACUGGGAAACUGUCUUCAUCUUAGAGGAACUUCUAGGGGACAAAGUUACGGUGCCGGCGGAGACUGAAUCUGAGCCCUUGGAGAAGAAAGGAAAAUAUGAGGGUGAUCAGCCCAAAGCUCCUUACUUUGUUUCUAAACAGUGGGGCUCUUUCUUCAUGGACAGAUUGCCAGGCCUGGAAAAUGCAGAGGAAACUUUAGUUCGCACGUGGUCCUGUAAAUGUAUUAGCACUUACAGCACGAUUGCAAUCCCUACUCUUGAAGCAAUAGCAGAUUUACCACUGGAUUAUAGAUUUACACGAUUUUCCUCAAAUAGCUCAGCAACUGCUGGGUACUACCCAAGUCCUCCAAGAGCACUGCUGCCAAAUGAGGAGUCAGUGACUAUGAAAUAGGUUGUCGGCUUUUUCCUUAAAUAACCCUGUGGUCCUUACUUAAACUGCUAUCACAUGCUAUUUAGUGAAAAUGUUGUGUGAUGCUUCAUAAAAUAGAAUGAUGGAUUAAAGCAGACUCCUGUGUAGACUUGUGUUUCACUUGUUGCUCUAGUCCAGCCAGAAAAGGUGAGCAAUGCAUCCUUCUCUCUAAACCUUCUGACCACCACUACCUUUCGCAAAGUGCUAUUGGCUUUUUCCAUGCACUGCCCAAAGCCUUCAAGAGAAAUGUACUAGUAAUAACUCAUCCCAAGUUACAUUCUACAUUUUCAAGGAUAUUUUCAGUACUGUACCUAUUUAAGGUGAUGCUGUUGCUACUGUAAGCCCCAGGAAAGACAUGAACCAGACCCUCAGCCAUAUUCCAUUAAGAGUUCCCUUGGACAGCCCAGGUUAUCAUCGUAGAUCAGUGUUUUGCAGGCUCUGAGGAAUUUAUACUCUCACUGUAACUGUUCUUGGAGAUACAGAAAGACUGAAGCCCAAAGAGAAAGAUACAUCAUACCCAAAAAGAGACUUGAAUGGGAUUUAGGCAGCUAAAUGCAGACUGACAGUCCUGAAAGCCUUCGUCACAUGCUUCCUAUUCCUGAAAGUGCCUAACCGCUAUUCAACAGCAAGGUUCCCUACAUGCCUCUUCCUCCUUUAGGCUUCCAUACCUCAAGAGUCAGAGCUCUUUUGCAGGAGGAGGGAAACCUGUGUACAGUUCCCUUCUCAGCUUGCGCGGAUUCAAACCCGCAUUCUCCACCUCCCUGGGAAAUCCUUCCAAGAGUAGGAAGGAUAUAGCACCCAGCUAUAUAGAGCCAUCUUUGCUAAGCACAGCCUCAGCCCAGAGGAGAAGCAAGACUGAAGACGUAACCUGAAUAUGUGAUUUCUUAUCGGCUAAUUUAAGAGAACGGGCAUCCUGUUCCCUGUGGAUUCAGUUCCAAAGACCCAGUUCUCCAGCGCUUUGGACAGGGAGCCUUCAGUAACUAACGCAGGGUAGCAGAUGCAAAAACAUGUCAAAGAUAUUUGUUUAGUCAGCAGUUAGGCACACUAGCGUGGCAGAUUUUUGGAUAAAUUUCCCUCAAAGUUUAAAGAAAUUUUAUUUUCUUGCUUUCAAGAAAAGCCCACAAUGAAAAUUUAUUUUCUGAGGCCUAGACAAUUAUCAGAAUGGAUUUAACUUGUGUUAACAUUUAACUUGUGCUAACAUUUAACACCACAGCACACUUGAUUUUUGCAGCUUCACCAGUUAAAAUAUUUUGUGUCAGAAUCAGACGCAAACACCAUUACAUCUCAUCUCAGAGAUAUCAGUCUUUCUUUCCAUACUUUUUUCCUACCUUGUUUCAUUUACACAGGGAUGUUAUUUUUACAGUCUUGUGGUCCACUAUACUUACAAGUAAUAUGCAACAUUUCCAAUUUAACAUUAAGCAUUGUUUUUUUGAAAAAGAAACAUAAAACAAAUGAGGGAAAAAACUGAGAAAAACUUUCCUUAAAACAAGGUAGGUGAGGAAGGAAAAUGAAAGUGCCAUUCUCCUCCACAUAAACUAUAGGCUGAAAAUAUUUGACUUAGGAAGGUAACAAAAAGUAAUACUUGAGUUUAUUUUGAAAUUUUUUAAUUAGCAUCAAUGUCUUGGGCAGCAAAUCUGGCUCAUGAUAAGGGUAUGAUUUGUAUUAAGCAGAGAGAUACACAGAUUAAAAUCUCAGAUCCCCGAUUACAGCAUCAUUUGAAGUUCUAACCUAAAUGAAGUAAUCCUCUGCAAAUAAUUUGUAACUAGGUUGCGGUCCAAACCAAUAUCAUGUACCCUCACGCUUUUGUUGUUCUGAAUUUGGAACUGAUUUUUACAGGUUGGGGAUUUUUUUCUUGUUUUUUAAAGAAAAUUAAUUAAAAUUGAAUUGUUAAUGAAAAUUAGAGUGAAAGUCAUCUAAGUCCUUGGUUCCUGGCGUCUCAGUGAAGAAGCAGUAUUUUUUUUAAUGGAAAGGUGACAGAUUCUAAGGACAUCCUGAACACAAAUCUCAGCAGAACAAAUACAUACACGGACUUGCUCAACUGGGAGGUGACGGUACCCGUCUCUGACGAAGGCUGUCACCAGCCAUCUGUACUUGCUGCCAGAAGGACCACGCAGUAGCAGAGAAAGAAGUGGAUAGUAGAAGGCUACUGUAAGCAUGACAUAUGCUGCAGGAAGACUUAGGAAAAAUAAUUGAACCGUUUGCCCAAAAACCAGAGUUCAUGUGAAAUCAGGACUUAACAACUCUUACUAAAGACUCUUCUUAUUCAAGAAUCUCUGAAAAUCAUACAGGUCUUAUUACAAAGCGGAGGCUGGCAAUGGAGGAACUUCAGGAGGGCAAUCGGUGCUGUGGCAACGGGAGAGCUCUUGGAAAUGGAAGUGGCGUGGAGACCAGAGGGAAGAAAUGCUCAUGGCAGAAAAUUGGUAGAGAGUUGGACAUAUUUAACAUGACACUGUAAAGACACCAUCUUUGCUUCUUCCUUCUCUUUUUUUUUUUUUUUAACCCCUGGAAAUCUCUGAAAUUUCUUGGAUUCUGUUGUGAGAGGCCAUUGACAGAAAGAUCGCUGAAGUGCCUGCAAAACUAUCUUGAGUAUCGGCAGGGAGACAUAAAGUUGUAAAGAUUCAUUAAAAUCACUAUGUCUGGUUAUGUAGCCCUGAAAGCCACAGUUUUGCUUAAAAGCAGAGGUGAAUACCAAGUCUCUUUUGGUGUCUGUUUUGGUAUAAAGCA